UCGGUUCGUGGGACGCCCGCGGCCGGAUGCCCUGCGUCCGCACGGUCCUCUGCCUCCUGGCGGCCUGUGGCGCCAUCGCCUUCCUUGGCUACUGCAUCUACUUCGACCGGAGCCGGCGUGGCGACCCCGCGUUCAAGCGCCGCCUGCGGGAGAAAAGAAGAGCCCAGCAGCGAAAGGCUGAGGGACGGGGCGCCCAGUUGUGGGAUCCAGCAAAAAAUGAAAAAUUACAAGAAUUUUUUCUGCAAGAGGUACGAAUGGGAGAACUUUGCUUAUCCAGAGGAGAGGAUCGAAUGGGGGUUGAACAUCUCAGCAAUGCCCUUUUGGUGUGUGGGCAACCACAGGAACUUCUGAAAGUUUUCAAACACACAUUUCCUCCCAAGGUAUUUGAGAUGCUAUUGCACAAAAUUCCCCUUAUUUGCCAGCAAUUUGAGGCAGACAUGAAUGAACAGGAAUACUUGGAGGAUGAUCGUGACUGAAAAACACUUCAACGUAUCCACAGUCCAGUCAGAAUGCUAUGGAAUUAUAUAGUAUAAACAACUGCUCAGUGAUAUUUCCAUUUAUUUUACUUAUAGUAAUAAAGUUUUUUCUAUCUCAU